UUAGCUUUUACUUGACGCAUCCUCUCUUCGGUCCACCAAAAGACAUCGCUGCGAUGCAGCCGCAGACAUCGCCCAUCGUCACGCCCCUUCGUCGACUCGCGCUGCAUUCGACAAGCACCUGUUCCGCGCAGGCUUCCGCAUACGGGAAGUGCAUCCUGAGCACGUACACGGAUGUCAAGAAGGACGCGUGCAAGGAAGAGUUCGCCAAGUUCGGCGCGUGUCUGCGUGAGGCGAUGAAGCGCAAGUGGUGAUACGCGGGACGAACGUUUUGGACAGACAUCGAACCUUGAACCUCACAACUUCGAAGAACACGCUGCCAAAUCCAUGACCUAUACCCAAUAGAACAGUCUGCCUACUGUCGGUGUCCUCCUCCCGCCGCUCUGCGCUGGUAUUAUCGCGCCCCCGUCUCCGCUCCGCAGAACGCGCACGUUCUUGCAAUUGCUGCCUCGCACGGAGCAACAUCCGCAGGCCGCCGGAGAUAGGCAACGAUGUGGUAUUUGGCAGGGGGAUGAGGUCGUAGGUGGACGUCUCACGGGUCGGAGGCAGCGGGGGGUUCCGCAGGCGGUCUAUAAUAGUAGACAGACGGAGGUCAAUGACAUACGGUGGUUCGUA